CGCUGGGCGGCCUCUUCCAGGCCAUCGUCAACGACAUGAAGAGCUCCUACCCUGUCUGGGAAGACUUCAACUCAAAAGCCACGAAGCUCCACUCCCAGCUGCGGACCACCAUAUUGGCUGCAGUGGCUUUCCUGGAGGCCUUCCAGAGAGUGGCAGACAUGGCCACCAACACCAGAGGAGCCACAAGGGAUAUCGGCUCGGCACUGACCCGGAUGUGCAUGCGCCACCGCAGCAUCGAGACCAAGCUGAGGUACUUCACCAAUGCCCUCAUGGAGAGCCUGAUCAACCCCCUGCAGGAGAGGAUCGAGGACUGGAAGAAGACCGCCAACCAGCUUGACAAGGACCACGCGAAAGAGUACAAGCGAGCCCGCCACGAGAUAAAGAAGAAGUCUUCUGACACCCUGAAGCUCCAGAAGAAAGCCCGCAAAGAGCUACUUGGCAGGGGGGACCUCCAGCCUCAGCUGGACAAUGCCCUGCAGGACGUGAAUGACUUGUAUCUCCUGCUGGAGGAGACGGAGAAGCAGGCAGUCCGCAGGGCCCUGGUGGAGGAACGGGGCCGGUUCUGCACCUUCAUCGCAUACCUGCAGCCAGUGGUGAACGGAGAGAUCACCAUGCUGGGAGAGAUCACCCACCUUCAGGGCAUCAUUGAUGACCUAGUGGUGCUGACAGCCGAUCCACAUAAACUGCCAACAGCCAGUGAGCAGGUGAUCCAAGAUCUGAAGGGCUCUGAUUACAGCUGGUCUUACCAAACCCCUCCAUCCUCCCCUAGCAGCUCAGGAUCCCGCAAAUCCAGCAUGUGCAGUAGUGUGGCACAACCUGCCAACACCCGCCUGUCCAGUGUCUCAUCCCACGACUCGGGCUUCAUCUCGCAGGAUGCAAUGUUCUCCAAGCCUCCUUCACCGAUGCCCUUGGACAUCACCAGCCAGAAGUCCUCCAGCUCUGCAUCGUCUGAAGCCUCUGAAACUUGCCAGUCUGUUAGUGAAUGCAACUCCCCGACCUCGGUUACUUCUGGCUCUGCCAGUGGGCUGUAUUCAGAUGGCCAAAAGGAUUGGUCCAAGCUCCCCAUCUAUGAGCAGCCGGGGGGGGCAAGCGCUCUGCAGCGCAGAAAGGAUCGUGUGGCAGAACCAGGCUCGGCCUCCCUGAUUUAUCCAGGGCUCAGCUUGGAAGACGGUCCCCGGCCUCGCCUGUCCCCCGCUUCCAUUGCUGCCAAGCACGGGGAGGAGGUGUCGCCAGCAGCCAGUGACCUGGCCAUGGUGCUGACCCACGGCCUGAGCCUGGAGCACCAGAAGAGCAGCCGGGAUAGCCUGCAGUUCUCCAGCGGCUACAGCACACAGAACACCACUCCGUCCUGCUCUGAGGACACCAUUCCCUCUCAAGGUUCAGAGUACGACUGCUAUUCAGUGAACGGGGACAUCGAGGGAGACAACCAGAAUGAAUUAGACAAAUCCUCGACCAUCCCUCGCAACAGCAAUAUUGCUCAAAAUUACCGGCGGAUGAUCCAGACCAAGCGACCAGCUUCAACGGCCGGUCUGCCCAUUGGCACCGCCUUGCCAACCGGGACGACGCCCGGUGUGGCUACCAUCCGUCGCACCCCUUCCACCAAGCCCACAGUUCGCCGAACCGUCUCCAGCGCCGGUCCAAUUCCCAUCAGACCCCCCAUCGUCCCUGUCAAGACCCCCACCGUGCCUGACUCGCCCAGUCAUGCCAGCCCCCUCCGGAUGGGCAGCGAGGAAAGUGUCUUCUACACCGAUGAUGCCUGCUCGCCGCAUGGUCUGGACUUCACCAAAGCCUCCCCCAAGAGGCUGAGCCUGCCCAAUGCCAGCUGGGGUGGCAAUGCCCUGGAGGUCUCCGUGCAUGUCGGGACCGGGAAGCCUUCCACAGAAGAGGAGCAGCAGCUGGCCGCCAACCGCCAUAGCCUGGUGGAAAAGAUUGGCGAACUGGUGGCCAGCGCUCACGCCCUGGGAGAUGGCCAGUUCCCUUUCCCCACGGUGUUCUCGGACCCUGGUCUUGAGGAGCAGACCCCCAUCCUCCCCCCGGCCGCUUCCAGCGAGCCCCCCGCUGAAGACAUGCUGGUAGCCAUCCGCCGUGGGGUGCGUCUUCGUCGAACCAUCACCAAUGAUAGGUCAGCGCCACGGUUUUUGUGAUCGCUCUGCUGAGCUGUUGACCCGAACUUGGCAAAGGACUGGGAAACGUAAUGGAGGCUGGGAGAACUGCCAAAAGGCUGCCAUGCCCUUCACGGACACCACCUGGUCAGGAUCUGGGUUCAAAGGAGACUGAAUGAAAUGCCUUUAUUAGACCACCACACCCAAGGCCCCGCUUAUCGAAACCUGCUUUGGGACCUGUUUUCCACCUUGUCCCUUGCGCUCUUUCUCUCUGCCCUCAUCCGCAGCCAGGUGGGAAAGCGGCACCUGCCUCCCGCCCAGCUUGGAGCAGCAGCAGAGGAACCCCCACCCAAAACAGACCCUCCUGUCCUGUUUUCUGGCUCUUCUCUGCAUUCUCCUGCCCGGCAAUUGGCUCCUCCAAAAGAUUUGCAAGACGGAGGAGUCUAGCAAUCCACCCCCUUCCUGAGAUGUGGGCUGUGGGCCAUACGGGGAGCAGGACCCCUUCCUGGGGGCUUCCUUGAGAAGAAGACUCUCCCUUCCAGUUGAGGGGGUGAGACUGUCUCAGCCGGGAGGGGCUUCCGUAAGAAGGGUUGCCUUCUUCCUUGCCCAGCCCAGGCGCCUCAAGCCUGGCUUGCGCUUCACAGAGCUUAGAGGCCUCCAUGGGGCAGGACAGGUGGGCUUUUGACACAUGAUUUAGAGCACAGUUUGCAUGGAGGCGCAUGGGCACAUUGACACCCCUGAGCCUUUCCUAUGGCAGAAUGCAAGAAUGCCUAUCAAGACAGAUGGCGGAGGGUGGAGAUCAGGCCAGGUUCAGACAUGAGGAGGAUUCUACCUCAAGUGGGUGUGGGCUUUGCAGCCCUUCCCUGAAGGCAGGAGGAGUUCUGGUGGGGGAGCAAUGCCAGGGUGGGGCAUCUUGAACACGGCACUUGCCUCAAACCAUCUAAAGGCCUCAGUGUCUCCUGGAUCGGGGGUGAGGGGGGGGGCUUUAAAGGUGGCUGAUCUAAGGGGGCAUCGGGGUAGCUGCCCUUGGGCAGGUUCCUCUCUUCUGGCCAAGCUCUUGACCGACUGAAGAAAAGGGGGGUCAGGAGAUGCUCCUUUGGUUGAUGCUUUCGGGGGGUCGUUUGAACCCAGCAAACACCCUCAGCUCUGCGACCACACGAUUGGUCUGGCAGAUCACCGUGACUGAUGCCUUUGGUUUGACAUGCUGGUGCUGGCUGGGCUCACAUGCUCCACGAAGCCAGUCUUGGUUGGCUUGAUUUCAGCUCCGCAUGAUGUGCAAGGCCAUCCACGUGGCCAGAUUCCCUUGGAAGAGCACAAGCGGUGCUGAAGCUGCACCAGGAAUGGCCGAAACACACAAGGAAGUCCUGAAGAGGGACUUUCGGAAGCGGCUCCUCUCUCUCCUUUUGGGAACCCACGGCAAUUCCAUGGUGGGAUGGUUCUGACGACUAAGGACAGAAGCUGUGAGGUGAGCCGUGGCCCAGACUUGCUUAGCUUCGCUCUGGUGGCCUGAGCCACUGACCUGCCUUGGAGUGAGAGCCCAGGUGCUUCAUCACACCGCUCCUUGGCCUCUGCCUGCGCCGGGGCUGCUUCCGUGGCAGCUAUGCCUCCUGCCUGUCUUGCCUCGCUCACUUCUCCACCUUGUUCAUUCUUGUCUCACCAAACUCUUCUGCACUUUCAUCCCCAGCAUGUUUUGCGUCAGAGGCUUGCCUCAUUGUAUAGUCCUGACCAGUUUUGUUUACAGACGUGGAAUCUGCCUAUUUUUGUAGUUGGCAGGAAGGUUUUUAAUGGGGAUGUUGGCAGAAAUGAUGCCAUGAUGCAUUUAUUCACAGCUGGCACGCGAUGCAGCUUUUCCAUGGUCUGGAUCCAGCUCUAAAGAGACGUGAAGGUGCUGCUUCUCCCCAAUUCUAAUAUGGUGAUCUUCACUUCUCUCCGAAACUAGAAAUUAGUCUCUGUUGGCAAAAGGAAAGUGAUGGUGGGAAAGAGAAGAGGGUUUUGAAAAGUUGCAGUGUGGAAGAGCAGAAAGUAAACGGCAUAGAGACAUGAAGACGACUUGAGAAACCUGCCUUGCCUUGGGCAGAGCUAGGAAGGGGAACUGUUGCAACCCUGCUCAUCCUCCCGUUUUUAGUUGGCAGAGAUAUUUGACGCUGGGCUUGGCAUGUCUGGUACAUGUGGCAUCCAGAGGUGCACAUGUGGCACAUGAGAAUGAAGCAGAGAAAGCAACAUUGAAACUGGGGGGAAAAGUAUAUUUAGGAAACUUGAAUUAUUUCCAAGAGGCACACAUGUAGGGUAGGUUUUAGGGCACCGAUUUUCCCAACCUGGUGUUGGGACUUCCAGUUUACACCUCUGGAGAACAUGAAGUCCGACAAGGCCCUGUUCCGAGGGACAAAGAGCUUAGGGUACGAGAGGUUCUGCAGUGGGCUCAGAAGGGCUGGGGGCUUCCUUGGCAAUGGAGAGGCAGCCUGCCCCCCCCACCCCGAAGGCCUUUUGAGGGGGCAGCAUGGUGGCUCCAGCAUCCCAAGAGGAAGGCCUCACUUGUACAUAGCCCUUUCCUCCCCACCCAGUUCUACCCGUGUCUCUGUGUGCCACAUCAUUGUAGGCCCCUCACUCUUCGGCUCCUGUGAUAACUUUCGUUUUAACACGCCAGCCUUCCUGUGAUUCCCACCCCCCUCAAACGUGACUAUGUGAGAUUGUUGCUUUUUGCUUUUCCAAUUUGUUUGUACAAUAAGAAACAAACCUAAAAUGUCUUUCAGCUGAUGUAACUGUCCUGGUGCUGUUAACUUGUUCUUCCUUCCCAUCCCAUAAUUUAUUUUCCUUCUAGCAGUCCGAGCUUACAUACGCCCUUCCUUCCAAUUUAGUUAUGUGAUUUUUUUUCAUUCAAAAUAACCACCAUUACAGGUAACAAAUGCACUGUGAAGAUUUCAGUAUUAAUAAAAGUUGUACUGUAAUUAAUGCAAAUCGUUCCUCCUCUUUAUUCUGCCCUUUUCGAUUGAAAAAAAACAACUGUAGAAGUUUAGCAGUUUCUUCAACCCCACAAUUACCAAGCCAAACUCAUCUCUACAUUUUGUAGCAUGGCAGAUUCUUAGCUGGCUGGACAGAACUGCCUUCAACCCCAAUUGAUACGGGGCAUUGGAUGAUCGUGGCUGGGCCUACAUCCAGAAUGGGAGCCUUGCGGUGAAGUUGCCCAGAGCAUUUGUGUGACAAAUGGGAGGGCAUAUAGUCCAGUUUGUUGGCCAGGCCAUCUCUGCAGCAUGGAUCAUUUCAGGACCCGUUGUGCUGUUGCACUGGGCUGAAGCUACCUAAUCUGGAAUAGAUCUAUAUCUAUUUCCUGACUGAGCAGGGGGCUGGACUAGAUGAUCUCCAAGGUCCCUUCCAACUGUUAUGAUGUGUUAAAUACAUGUGAUUUUAUAUCAUAUAAAUACAUGUGAGUUUGUAUCAUCAGAAAAAAAAAACCAAGCUUUUGUAGAUUUGAGAAAUGAGAAUUGCCCCCCUUUCCAUAGCUCAAGAGGCAGUUCUAAGGUUUGUAGGCAUGUGAAACUCAUAAGCAAUUUAGCCCAAGGAAUCCCUUCAGUCCUCAGGCCCCUUUUGGUUCUGAGACUACACAAAUUUCAUUCUCUCCCAGCUAUUUCUGCAAUUCUAACCACUGAAUUCCAGGUAUGCCGAUGGCCUGAAGAACUGCCUUCCUCUCCCAACAACUGCUGGGGGGUGGGGGAGGCAGCCCUGCUGGCAAACCUACAUCUUUGGCUGCUGGGGAGAGUGGGAUGACACCUCCUCCUGGUGCUCUACUCGACUUUCACAACUGGGGUCAGAGUUUUGUCAAGCAGAAAUUGGACUCCGGAAGAUUUUCCUAUCUUCCACACAAUGGUAGUUCCAGUUGAGGACCUUGUACUAGAAUAGACUGUUCAUCUCUCUUCUGCCUUACAACCUGCACAAGCACUUUGCAAUCUGUAUACUUAACAGAGUAGCUUGAAAACCAAAGGAUUAAGGUGUUGGGCUGAAAGCCAAAUGAUGCAUGGCAGCAGGAAAAGGCAUAGCUGCUUUAAAGAUACCCCUGCCUUCCUUCAUUUUUCAAUCUGAAGCACUGCACAACUCUUACUUUUUAAAGGAAAAUGUCUAGGAGCGACCCAUCCACUGAGCCAACACACAUCACAGGAGUAAUUUGGCUUAGUCCAUUAGCAGAAAUGAAGGUCUGAAGAAACCCUGUGUCGUUUCAGGUCAAAGCAUGGAUUUGGACAUCAAAAUGUUUCUUAGCUAUGA